AAUUGACGACAAUUCAUUUCACAUGAUUAUCAGUUUUUAAAAAAAAAAUCAUCAUCAUCAUGGUAUCAUUGAUCAAUUGAAAACAGAACGGAAUCAAAUCCAAUUUUCUGUGCUAUUUUUUUCAUUGUUCCGCCCCCCCCCCCCUCUGAUUCAUUGUCAUCUUCAGUGAAUUAUGAAAAAGAAACGAUCUGUUGCUACUGAAUUAGUUCAACGUGCUUCAUCAAUACUACCAGCAUUUACAGAUAUAUUUGAUGAAGAAACAUUCUAUAUAUUUUUUACUUGUCUUGUAAUUUUCUCAUUUAUUAUAGCAUUUAGUAUAGCUUGGUAUUUUGAUGUGAAAAUUAAAGAUGCUGAUGAUUUAAAAUCAUCAUCAUCAUCAUCAUCAUCAGCAUCAAAUCGAAAAUCAAAGAGACGACAAUAUCCAACAAAGUAGUCAAAAAUAAAUACUUGUUUACUUUCUUUGUUUAUUUACUCUAUCAAUGUUUUCUUUCUGUUCAUUUUGUCAUAUUGACUAUUACUAAUACUUUGUCGAGUAUAAAUAAUAACAGUUUAAGUCAACAACUGUGUAUGUGAUUUUCGAGCGCAUAGAUAUAGAGUUGUUUUAUAUUGAAAGUAGUAUAUGACAGUUUAUUAUAGUCACUUUGAAUUGUGCAAUAAAUAUGUAUAGUC